AUGGCGCUUCCGUCAACAUACAAACAGAUAGCUAUAAAUCAACAGUCUCCUGCUCGUGCUCCAGUCACAUUCAACAUUUUGAAAGCGACUAAAACGGGAUCCUAUCAAAAUGAACGUUUAAGACCUGGUGGAAGUUCCAACCAAUUAUCUGGAUCCAAAGAUCAAAAUCAAAGUCCAUUCAUUCCAAAUAGCCAUGGAAAUCCAGCAUUUCAUCCACAAAAAAUAUCAAAAGCUGCUGCUGAUGCUCGUGGUAUUAAACCUCCCAAGCCACCAGAAAAACCUCUCAUGCCAUACAUGCGAUACAGUCGCAAAGUUUGGGAUCAGGUCAAGGCAGGUAAUCCUGAUUUGAAGUUAUGGGAAAUUGGUAAAAUUAUUGGACAAAUGUGGAGGGAUCUUCCCGAUGAAAACAAACAAGAAUACAUUGAUGAUUAUGAAUCAGAAAAGUUGACCUAUGAAAAAGCUAUGAAGUUAUAUCAUACCUCACCAGCAUAUUUAGCCUAUUUACAAGCAAAAAAUAAAGGUAAAUUAAAUCAAGUAGAAGAUAGAGAACCACAUGAAAGAUCAACAGGAGGUGGUAAACAAGCUGCUGCAGAUCGAAGAAUUGAAAUACAACCAGCAGAAGAUGAAGAAGAUCAAGAUGAUGGAUUCAGUGUUAAGCAUGUAGCUUAUGCAAGAUAUAUAAGAAAUCAUAGAUUGAUUAAUGAAAUAUUUUCUGAUAGUGUUGUCCCCGAUGUACGUUCAGUGGUCACUACUGCUCGUAUGCAAGUUUUAAAGAGACAGGUUCAAAGUUUAACUAUGCACCAGAAAAAAUUGGAAGCAGAAUUACAACAAAUUGAAGAAAAAUUUGAUACUAAAAAAAGAAAAUUUAUUGAAUGUAGUGACACAUUCCAACAAGAACUAAAAAAACACUGUGUUCAAGCAGUAUCAGAAGAAGCAUUUCAAAAAAUGGUAGAACGCCAGGUUGAGAUACUGCAAAAAGAACGAACUAAAACUGUGGGCACGCCAGGACCCCCUGAAGAAUUUUCUAAAGUACAUUGUGAACAGCAGUUGGAACAAAAUGGAGCUGUACCAUCAGUUGAGGAAGAUACUUCAUCAUGUGUGGUUCCUUCUAGUACCACUGAUGAUAGUUCAAAUAUGGAAGUUGAGUCUGGUAUAACUUCUGACAGUUCAUCAAAAUCUGAACAACUUGUAUCAGAAACUAGAGAAAAUGGAGAAAUUGCAACUUCUCCACCACAACCCUCACAUCAAACUCAAUUAUUGAAAGAACAGCAGCCAACACAAAUUCCAUCACAACAGCAUUUACAAUUCCAAGCACAACAUGCUCCUCAAUUCCAAGCACAAUCACAAUUUCAACAGCAACUAUCACAAACACAACCUCUGCAGCCUCAGCCUUCUCAACAAUCGCUACAGCCGCCUCAACAACAACUUUUACAGACACAGCCUUCAUUACAGCAAUUGCCACAAGCUCAGCCUUCAUUACAGCAAUUGCCACAAGCUCAGCCUUCAUUACAGCAAUUGCCACAAGCUCAGCCUUCAUUACAGCAAUUGCCACAAGCACAACCUUCAUUACAGCAAUUGUCACAAGCACAGCCUUCGUUACAUCAAUUGCCACAGACACAGCCUGAUAUACAGCAACUAUUGCAGCCACAGAAUUCGUUUCAGCAACUAACACAGCAACAACCACCAGAACAAGUUGCUCCACAACCACAGCCUCAACAACAACACUCUCCUCAACCACAGUUGCAGUCACUGAAUCAUCAACAACAACCUUUGCAAUCAAAUGUGUUACAACCACAAGCUCCACAGCAACAGUCUUUACAGCCACAAACUCCACAACAACAGUCUUUACAGCCUAAUCCUCCUCAACAACAGUCUUUGCCACCAAACUCCCCUCAACAACAACAUUUACAGCCAAGCUCUCCGCAACAACAACCUUUGCAGUCACAUCCUCCUCAACAACAGCCUUUACAACCAAAUCCUCCUCAACAACAGCCUUUACAGCCUAACCCUCCUCAACAACAACCUUUGCAGUCGCUUGUUCCACAGCAACAGCUUUUACAACCACAUCCUCCCCAACAACAGCCUCUACAACCACAUCCUCCCCAACAACAUUCUUUACUGCCACAUAUCCCUCAGCAAAAUUCUUUACAGACUCAACUUCAACAGCAGCCUCAAACUCCACAGCAACAGCCUUCUGUGCAACCAUCAUCAAUUCCAACACCUCCUCAGCAACAAUCUCCACAACCCCCACAGACACAACAAUCACCCACCCCGCAGAUACAACAAUUGCAGACUCAACUUCCUCAACAAUUACAAACCCAACAGCCACAAGUGCAAAUAUCACCACAGCCUCAAUUGCAACCACCACAAUCGCAAUUGCAACAACCACAAUCUCAACCACAGCCCCCUCCAGUCAUGGUGCCACCACCACCUUCUAUUCCACCAGCAUUGGGAUCAGAUUCGCCUUCAAAUGUUGUUUCAUCAACUACAGAAUCACCACCGAAAUUACCAGAAACUAAAGCUUAUUCUGCUCCUUCAACUCAACCAUACCCACCAUUAUCACAGUCUUACACUCAAGGACCUUCAUUUCAACUGUCACAGAACUCUCAAGUUAAUGUUCCAAAUGUAUAUCCACCAAAUCAAGCUUCCUCUAAUGCUGCUCCUCCACAACAUCCACAUUCAGGUAUGAUGCAGCCUCCUCAAAUUCCUCCUCCAUCAUCUCAAGGAACACCGUCACCAACUCCGUCAACUGGAUUUCCUCCAUAUCCACAACAGCAACCUUAUUCAUCUCAAGCAAUGCCACCCAGGCCUUAUACAUACCCUCCACAACCGUAUCCUCAGUAUACGCCCCAUCCAUAUUAUCAUCAAGCUCCUUAUCAACAGUAUCCGCCACCACCUCCACGCGUAGCAUAUCCUCAACAAAUAGGUACUGUUAAUCAAGAUACAAAUCAACCACCACUUGAAAAUAUGUAUAAUGCACCUUCAAUUUCUGGACCAUCUGAAACACCAAAUGAUGAAAAUAAGCAAUUAAUUGAUGAAGUGAAAUCUACUGAACCAAACACAGCUCACGAGAAACCGGCUGAACCAGAAGAAACAGUACCUCAACCAUCUUCAGCAAAACUUGACGAAGUUUCACAAUAA